CAUCAAAGGCUAAUUACCAUGGUCCAGCUCACGGUCACCCCUGAAAAAUCACUUGCUGACUCACCAGUGUGGAUCCGAGCCUGCGGCCUGACCCCCUCCCAGCCAGUGACCCUGUAUUCAUCACUGAUAGACGAGAAGGGAGUGAAGUUCCAAGCCAGAGCCUUCUACUGGGCAAAUGAGGCUGGAGAAGUAGAUGUGAAGGAGGCAUCUGCUGUGGGUGGUGACUACAUAGGCGUGUGUCCCAUGGGCCUUUUCUGGUCCCUGAAGCCAGAGAAGAUGUUCCACAGAUUGAUUAAACGUGAUGCAAUAGGCAGCCCUUUCCAUGUCCAGAUCACUCUUUUUGGCUCUUUUAUUCUGAUGCCUUCAACAAACGAUACACCACUGGCUACUUGCCCUAUCGAGAGGUGGUUUGUGGCCCCCGGAGUAGAACGGUUCCAGAUCAAGGAUGGACAAGUUCGUGGAGCCCUUUUCUUGCCUCCAGGGCCUGGCCCAUUUCCAGGCGUGAUUGAUAUGUUUGGUGGCGGUGGAGGGCUCAUUGAGUUCCGGGCUGGCCUUUUGGCCAGUAAAGGCUUCGCUGUUCUGGCUCUGGCCUACUUUGCAUAUCUGGAUCUGCCACGGACCUUGGAAGAAAUUAACAUGGAGUAUUUUGAAGAAGCUGCCAAGUUGCUCUUAAAACACCCUAAGGUUAGAGGCCCAGGACUUGGGGUCAUUGGACUGUCCAAAGGAGCUGAGGUUGCAUUGGCCAUGGCUUCCUUCUUAGAGCAAAUAGACGUUGCUGUCUGUAUCAACGGUACCACAAAUGUGAAUGGUACACCACUCCGCUUUCGGGAUAUCUAUAUCCCCGCUGUCCGCUACUACCCGGAAAAGUAUAUCAUAAGCAACAUGGGAGCACUCUACGGCCAUCAUAUCAUUGGAGAUCCUUGGGACGAGGCACAUCAAGCCUCUGCCAUCCCUUUGGAGAAGGCCCAGGGGCAACUGCUCUUCGUGGUGGGAGAAGAUGACCAUGCCCUCAACAGCAAGUUGUUUGCAGAGCUGGCCAUAGCCAGAGCAAAGAAGUAUAGGAAAAAUAAUUGUACUUUGCUAUCUUAUCCAAGGGCUGGACACCUCAUAGAACCUCCUAGUUCCCCAUUGUGCUUCGCCUCCUGGAUCCCAGGCAUUCUCAAACCUACACAAUGGGGUGGUGAAAUGGAGCCUCAUGCCAAAGCCCAAGAGCACUCCUGGAAGGAAAUCCAGAAAUUCCUUGAGCUUCACCUUGGUCCAGCUGGAAGCAGCAAUGUGUGAUGUUAG